AUGGCGACCGCAAACUCGACGCAGGAGAAGCGUGUGCUGUCGAUCCAGAGCCACGUCGUCGCGGGCUACGUCGGCAACAAGGCGGCUUCGUUCCCGCUGCAGCUGCUCGGCUGGGAGGUCGACCCUGUGUUGACCGUCUCGUUCAGCAACCACACGGCAAGUUGCUACGGUCGCUGGGGCGGCUCCAAGUUUGACGCGGCUCACCUCGAGGACGUUUUCAGCGCUCUCGAUGCCAAUGGUCUUCUGCGUCAGUCGCACCUGUUGACGGGCUACGUGCCCGGCGCCGAUGCGCUCAAGGUCGUCGUUCGCGCCGUCGACCGGCUGCGCGCCGUCAACCCGGCCCUCGUCUACGUCCUCGACCCGGUCAUGGGCGACGACGGCCGCAUCUACGUCAGCGAGUCGGUUAUCCCCAUCUACAAGGCGCUCCUGCCCCGGGCGACGUGCGCGACGCCCAACUACUUCGAGGCCGAGCUCCUCACGGACGUCAAGAUCCUCGACGCCUCGUCGCUCCAGCUCGCCCUGCGCACGUUCCACGAGCGGUACCGCAUCCCGAACAUCGUCAUCUCGGCCGUCUCGCUCCCGGUGUCGGAGCUCGCCAAACUCGGGUUCGUGGACGCGUCGUCGCUGGUCGACCGCGCACCGACCUCCCGCAUGCUCGUCUGCUCGGGUUCGACCAUGACGUCGGCCCCAGGCGAGCCGUUGACGACCGUGUCGUUCGGCAUCGCGUUUCCCGAGCUCGCCGAGCACUACGAGGGCGUCGGCGACGUCUUUUCGUCGCUCGUCGUCGGCCGGUUCCCCUCGUCGGCCGACCCCGACUUUGCGGCGCACCCGGUCUCGCCUCUCGCCCACACGGUCGAGCUCGCCAUCGCGUCGCUCCAGGGCAUCCUCUUCAAGACGCGGCAGCACGCCCUCUCGCUCGCCAAGGCGCGCCCCGACAUGAUCGUCCCGCGCGAGGGCGAGACGGCCGACGAGCGCGUUCGGCGGCUGCGCACCGUCGAGCUGCGCCUCGUCCAGAGCCAGAACGAGAUUCUCGAUCCUGUCGUCAAGUACCGCGCCGUGAGGUUCUCGGGCGUCGUCUAG